AACAUUUGGCCGUUAGAAAGGAACAAAGCAACAUUAAUUUUUUAUUCUUCCAAAUUUAUUUGUGUAAUACCGACAUAGUAGCUUUACAUUUAUUUCAUUGUCGUGACUCUUAAGAUCAAGUUUUUAGGAAAAAAAUUGCCCCAACAACAUUCAGUCCCAUGCAUAGGCUUUAGAAAAAGCAAGACCAUUUGAGCUAAAAUAAAUCCCAUCAUCCCUAACCGACCAAUAACAAUGCCUCCGCGGUCCGAUGCAUGCUUUCUCGUCUCUUCUAGCAAUGAACGCAUACCAAUCCUUCUUCUUUUGUCCGUAACUUGAGAAACACUCGAAUUAGUGCUGUGAGUGACAUUCACUUCAAACUGCCAUGUCUGCGAUGCACCCGGAGCUAGAGACCUCUGACCCAGAUCGUUAUCAGACGAAUAACAAUGAUUGGAUAAUGUAUCGCUCGUCAGAUCGUUUUUUACAUCCACGUGAUAAUAUGCCAGCAAACGAUCAGAUUGAGCGCUUGUUGUUGACAAUAAUAAGCUUAUUGUGAGCAUGAAUGUAGUAACCCACAAACUCAUUACACUCAUUCUCAUGUUUAGUUUAGUUUUUUUUUUUUUUUUUUUUUGUGGAUUGUAUGUGGAUUGUUGUGAUGGUCAUAGAUGAAGAUUGUUUAUAUAGUUGAUUCACCAUCUUGGAAAGGGAACAAGGUUUUAAUAGGGAAGACAAAGGCAACGUACAUAGUUAUAUCUUUGUAGGCGUUUGUAUUCCAACAAUUUGGACAAAUAUUUACACUUUGUUAUGAAACUAAUAAAAAUAUAAACAACUAAAAGAGAAGAUUAGAGAGGAAAAGACACAAGAGAAGAGAGGGGAAGAGUUCUUCUUAUUCAUCCUAUCUCUUUUGAUACAAUGGUGUGCUUUAUUUAUAGGCACACCUUGAUAACCACUACAUCCUUAUAUCAAUGAGAGAUAAUGAAACAUAAAGGAGCUAUCAAAUGUAGGAAUGGGGGUUACAUGUAACUCCCAAGUGAGCAUCUAAUGUGGUAAUGGCAAUGGUCAUCCAUAUAUCAAUAUUUACAUAAUACUCCCCCUUGGAUGACCACUAGAUUGCAUUACGCUAUCUCAUACUGCCUCGUUAAAAACCUUACCAGGAAAACCCAGUGGGAAAAAACCAUGGUUAAGGGAAAAAGAGUGCAGUGCGUAUAUGCUCCCCCUCAUGACCACAUCACUUCAAAUCUUUGAGUCGUUGAACUCAAAAUUCACGAACAACUUUUACAAAGAUUGUUGUCGGGAGUGAGUUAGUGAACAAUCUUCUAAAUUGUCAAUUUGAUGCAUGAUCUUUAGAUUUCUUCAUACAUGAUCAUUAGGAUCAUUUCAUUUGAAAAUAGUUCACAACCACAAGUACUUGAGAUAUGGUGGAUCACAAAUUAAAGUGCAACGGAAGACAUUCGGGACUUGCCCAUUAUAGUUUGUUUUGUUUCUUUAUGAAAUAUUUAUAUCACCAUAUGUAAGAGAUAGGUCGUCUCCGAUCAACCAAUAUGAGGAUCAAAUGAUAUAUAGGAUUUGAUAUAUAGUUUACCAAAUCUCUCUUUGAUAAUACCAUAAUAGAACAAUCGCAUAUAUUGUUCCCGGAGGUAACAAAGUAUUUUCCAAUGUUCUAAUGAGGGAAACAUUGUAUCUUGCCAAUAUUAUCAAUACCAAAAUGAUAGUUUAUAUGGUGCUUGGCUAGCAAGGUGCAUUGGUGCUCUAAUGCAUCAACAUAUGGUACUUCAGGACCUAAUGUUUCACUUCUUUCUUGAUUUCUAAAUGGAUCUUUGGUCACUUCUAGUGAUCUUAGGAUCCUAAUGUUAUUUGAUGAACACAAUUUGUUCAUGCAAAAUUACUUUCCCACUUUUUCAACAUUACCUUCCUUGCCCAUAAAAAGGAUCUUAAAUCCUUCAAUCUAACUUAUGUCUCGAAGCAAUCAACUUCUUUAGGAAGCUCUUCAGGAGAUCCAAUAAUAGUCAUAUCAUUAACAUAAUAUGAGAUCGUAAAAAAAAAAAACUUAACUAACACAAAUUUAUGCAAGCAAUUCUUUCCUAUCACGAAAGAUAAUAACAAAACUCACAUCAUAGAAACAUAUGACUAGACAAAGCACAAUCAUAAAACACAACUCAUACUUUAAAGUAAAACACAACUCAUAAACCAAGAUUUUAAAAUCCUUGAAGCACAUACAGACAACACAACUAUAUAUGCACAAUGCAAAUGCUCUAAUGCAGUCUAUCCCGGAUUUAACCUUUUAAGGUCGAUUCACCCUACUGUUGUAGGUGUUCUCUUAGACGAGUAUUUCACAUUCGUCUAUAUUUUCUCAACCCAUACAGGGGAUAUUCUUAGUCUAUCAUUAUAUGUUCUCGAGAACUUUACUUGUUUACUUCAGGUAAAUUAAUCCUUCUGGGACUUUCAAAUAUAUAUAACAUCUUCAAGGAAUUCAAACAAAUAGGCUAUCACAACAAUUUUCAAACAUAAAUUUAAACAUUGAUUUGACAAAGUAGUUGCAUCCACCACAAGAGAGCAUAACUCCUCUCAAAUAAUGAUAGGUCUCUUCGAGAAACCCAUUGCAAAACAUUGUGUUAUAUCUCUCACAAUUUCAUACUUUCCAAUAGCACAAAAAUUUGUUUGUAUCCCGCUAGUUUUGCACUUUUUUAGGUGCUAGGACUUCUGGUCCUUAAACUUUAUGCUCCUUGAGCAAGUUUCAUGAUUUCUUAAUAUAUUGGCCAAUAAAAUCAUCAUUUGCAUGCAUCAAUAGAGUUUUACUCUUCAUCCUCACUUGUACAUAUCAUAUUCAGUACUAAAGUGCAACAAACAAAUUUCAUCGACAAUGAUUUCAUUACGGUUCCAGUAUUGUAGUCUAAUAUGGUUUUGAGAUCUCUUCGCUUUCACAACUUUCAGAGACAUGUGUUCUUCUGGAACUAAAAUUAUAUUUUAUUCGUGGUUACUCUUCUUGAGUUUUCAUGUCCUCGAGUUGACCAUUCUAAUUACAGCUCCUUUUCUUUCUCGAAGAUGUUUAUCAUUGGAACCGAUUGAUAUAUCACGCUUCAUGCGAUCUUUCGUACACAUUUUUUUAUAUUAGAGUAUCCAACAAGGAUAUCAAAUUUAGUUGGAGCAUUCACAGCUAGUAUAUGUGACUUGGUCACUUCGUAUGGCCAGUAAAGGCAUUUGCUAGUUGGUAACGAUAAUUCAUCUUAUGAACUUCAGGUUCAUGUUUCUUACUUUGAGGAUCAAAAUUAGAUAAUGAUAACUCAUUCCAACUCAUCUCUUUGUCUAGCUGUUUUUUUUCUCUCCCCCUUAAUGUUGGAAAAGUUAUUCAUCAAAACAUUAAUUUCGCAAAAAAAUUCUCAUUUGGGAUUCAUACCCAACCCAAAUUCUCAAUUUCCAACGAGAAUCAACUUAAGAUACUGUGGUGGAGCAAUUGGGAUGUAUGCGGCAGGCACACCCUGAUAUUCUCAUAUGAGAAAUGUUAGGUUUUUGACCAAAACCAUUUGUAAAAGGGGGGAACUUAUGAUAACUUGUUGGUUAGAUGUGAACCAAUACUAUCACUUGCCAGCUAGCAUGUCCUCGACAAGAGUCCAGAAUGCUCGGUUUGUUCUCUUAAGCAAAGUGAUGUUUGAUUGGAUAACCAUCAAAAUGUAUUCAUAGUGAGGCAAUCAAUCUCGCAAACAUCGGGUUGCGAUUAGAUAAAAUAAAAGUGAUCAUAUAAAAUCUCAAGAGAUUUGGCAACUCUUAUACAAGCUCUGAUCAAUUGUUCUAUUCUCCUUGAGAACAAACAUGGCAUAAUAACUCUUUUAGUUGAAGAGUUCUUUGACUUCUCAUAGGAUGUUCUCAUGAAUUCUCAAAUAAAUUUUUCACAUAAAGAUCCGGGAUGGUCUAACCGGACCAACCAAUUAUCAAGUUAUCAAAUCUUGUAAACUUCUGGUUUACACUUUUAUGUGUACGGAUUGUACUAAUAUACAUGUAGUACAUAUUUGUGAUGCAAAUAUUAGUUUCACACUUUUCUUGAUAAGAUAUUCAUUUUACGAAUAUCCUUUUAAUUGGGUAAUGCAUCAUCACUGGGUAGUUUGGGUCUUUCAGGCCACAAAACAUUAGCUCUUUUAGAGCUUUACCAUAUUUUGUACCAUAUUUCGCCCUUCCAGAGACUUAUGAUUUGAUGCAUUCUUAGUAAACACAUAUUCAUAGUGAAUAUCAUCACAAAUUAUUAUCACGAGUACAUAAUUUAGUUACUUCAAGUAACCAAACAUAAGCUUUUCAGAAGCUUUUUCUCAUUUAUGUACUCUACCAUAUAGUUUAUAUGGAUUUUUUUCUAACAAUCAUACUUUACAAAAACACACUAAAAUAAUAAAUGAGAAUAUUCAAACUUAAGACAAAAAUGACGAACUUAUCAAGUUAAUCGUUCUAGAUAAAAGUUAUCAAGUUAAAUUAUGCAUGAAAAUAAUGGCACAAUGAAACAUAAUAGAAAACAAGAAUCAUAAUACUACAAUUGUGAAAAUUUAAAUAAGCUUUAUUUGGAACAAUAUCAUCACUAACUAGGUGAUUUUAAAUUUAUAUAUGUCUUUCAUUAUACAUUUCAAUGUACAAUAGGUACAUUAUGUUAUCAUGACUUUGAUAAUGCAAUUGUUAUUUCAUCCUUGUUUAUAAUUCUUCUCUUUUCUCACUUCUGGUGAAAAGAUCCAAACAAUACAUUUAGCAUAUAUAUAAUCAGGUUUAUAGCUCCAUUCACUUCGGAGAAUAGAUUGUUUCAUUCACUUCUGGGAAUGAAAAUGUCUCAAGUGCAAUAUCAUUUUCCUCUUUAAUGGAGAAUAUACCAACUUAUAAUACAAAAAAUAUGUUCCCUAAUAUUGAUAUUGCAUCAGCAUAUUUGAAUUUGCUCUUCCCUUUGAUUCUUGGUAGAAUCAAGUCUUUUGCGUACAACGGGUACGAGACAAAUACACUUUUCCAUUACAAUGGUAACAUACAGAACCAAUAUUCUUAUUACCAUGUCCUUUUCUUUCUUUGCCCUUGAAUUCUUCAAUUUCCACUUCUGGGGAAUAUAUGGGCUCUUGGAACUUGCAUUUUCUACAUAUCAAUGUGGGAUUGAUAAGAACAGGAUAACACGGAGAAUUGAAAAAUUAACUCAUCAUCACUUAUAAAACUUUUCUUGUUAUUGUUACUACAUGAGCAAAUUUUAAUUUGCGAUAAUGCCAAAACACCAAUUUAAUUUUAAGGAAUCGAUGUAUGUAUUGUAAAAACACAUAAUAAUAUAAAUCAAAUUACACAACACAAAAUUUUAAUCUAAAUAGAUGUACGUGAUAAAAUAUCAAUGGAUGGUUUACUACAAGAAAAGAGUAGCAUCCAUCUUAAUAUAUUGGAAUGAGAUAAUCUCACCACAAAUAAGACAAUAAGAUAUGAAAGAAGACGAAGAUUUGCAUACCUUGAUCAUAUUGUGAUCUUACUCCAAUAUACUAGAUUGUGUAGAGAGACAAUGGCCAACCAUGAUGCUAGCAGAGCUUCGUGCUGAUAACGUGUUAUGAAACUAAUGAAAAUAUAAACAACUAAAAGAGAAGAUUAGAGAGGAAAAGACACAAGAGAAGAGAGGGGAAGAGUUCUUCUUAUUCAUCCUAUCUCUUUUGAUACAAUGGUGUGCUUUAUUUAUAGGCACACCUUGGUAACCACUACAUCCUUAUAUCAAUGAGAGAUAAUGAAACAUAAAGGAGCUAUCAAAUGUAGGAAUGGGGGUUACAUGUAACUCCCAAGUGAGCAUCUAAUGUGGCAAUGGCAAUGGUCAUCCAUAUAUCAAUAUUUACAUAAUACACUUAGGAUUUUGCUUUUAUUGUUGGAAAAAGAAAGAAUGUCUCUACAAUGUUCUUUUGUUAGAUAAGAGGAAUAAAUUCAAAUGCAUAUAUAUGUGUAGGAAAGGCUAACACAUCAAUAUUUUGGGAGAUAUGCACACUUGACAAAUAUGGUUAGGUAUCUUGGCAUUUUCUUCCAGUUCUAGUCAUUGAACUAGUCAUUGAAGAUAAUAGUUUGUUUUAGUCGAUAUUGUUAUAUUUCUAUAUAUUUAUUGAUUGUAUAGUAUAUGUAUCUUUUCUGUUGAGAGGAAUAAAUGCAAAGUGCAACUAUUUGUAUCGGAAUGAAUAUCCCUUUCGAAAGGAAAAAAAUCCAAAUUUGUGAGAAUGUGCAUGAACAUCAUUAUUCAUGAAUCUUAUGAAGUGUGAUUUAAUGCGAUUAAUAUCGAUUGCCCAUAUUCAUAUAUUGCCUAUAACGUCAUAACACAUGUAUAGAAAAAUUUGAUUCUAACUAAUUUCAUGUUUUGUUUCUAGAUUAUGUUAUUGGAAUUAGUUUGUAGCAUGUGUUUGAGAGUAUUGGGUAAAGAAGUUAAUCCAUAUUUUAUAUUUGUAAUUUGUUUUUAGUUUGUGUGGUUGGUGAUCUAAUUUUUAAGCCGCCCUCGAGUAUUACGACGAGAUUUGAGCAGUCAAUGUUUGUCAAACCCUGAAAAGAGUCAUUGGACUAUUGCAAAUGUGGGUAAAAGUUAGUAACCACCCCUUUCAACAUCUGAUAUCGCCUCAUACAUCACUAUAUAGUGAUCUAAUAAAUAUUUCCCGUUUCACAAUAUUCAUGGAUGUUAAAUUUUAUAUCGUUUUGAGUCUUAACUACAAAACAUGUCAUUCUGUUAUUGGAUUCUGACAUAGCAUAACCACGCACCUUAAUGCGCAAUCUAAAAAAUGUCAUUACUUUGCCCAUGUUACAUCUCCGAACAAGAUAAAUCAUCACAAUACCAGACAAUGUUGAAAAUAAAUCAAGGAUAUGAGACUUUUUGAUAAAAACAUAUUCACACAAAAAAAAUAUAAUACAUAGAGAAAAUAAGAAUUAAAAUAGACGGUAAAAUAGAUAUAACUACUCUCCCUGUCUGUUAUAGACUUGUAGUCCAAUCAAAGUCCAAAAAACUCCUCCAUUCCAUUUUCUUCAUUGAUCCAUUGUUCUAACUUCGACGGCUACCUACUCUGUGAUGAUGUAAAUCCUAAAUACACAGAAGCACCACAUAAUAAUAAUGGCGGUCAUCCUUAAACCAAGGGAAACCCAAAAUUUUGCCAUCCCCAAAUCUCUAUUACCAGCAAAAAGGUCUAUUCAUUCAUCACCGCUCAAAUAAAACCCUUUCAUCGUCUUCCUCCCUUCUCCUUCCCUUUCUUCCCCCUGAAACUUUCCCCCCAAUUUUCCAUUCCCCCAAACACAAACCUUAAUCAACACGAAGGAAGGAAGAAAAAAAAACCCAAAUAGAAAGGGGAACAAAAAUAUAAACACGAAAAAGGAAAUUUGAAACAGGGGGGAAAAUGUACAGAAGGAAGUAGGGGGGGAAAUUAAAUUAAACACGAACACACAAUGACAACUCGCAGAAACAAUCUUCUUCGCUCUCGUGAUUCCUUCUAACGUGAAUGGCAACCUUGUGGUCAAAAGACAAAUCAUCGUCACAGUCCCCGUCCCCCGCCGGCGCCCGUCCGCCUCAGAGUAAUGCCCGCCGCCGCACAUCUCGCGACGACGACGACGACCUAGACAUGCCCGGAAGCCACAACAACUACACCGUCAUGAUGCCGCCGACGCCCGACAACCAACCGGGAUCCAAGUCCGACAACAAGCCCGACGGCCCAAGCCCACACUCUGGCUCCCGCUUCGGGGCCCGGCCCACACCCGGGCCCAAGAUGGACCGGCGGAUGUCGAUCAUGACCUCCACCAACAACAACAAAUCCAUGCUGUUGAGAACCCAGACCGGCGAUUUCGACCACAACCGGUGGCUCUUCGAGACCAAAGGGACGUACGGCGUCGGGAACGCGUACUGGACCGACGACGGCCGCGAUGGGCCCGAUAUUGGGCUCAGCAUGUCGGAUUUCAUGGACAAGCCGUGGAAGCCGUUGACCAGGAAGGUCAAAGUUCCCCCGGGCACUCUCAGCCCGUACAGGGUGUUGAUCGUGAUUCGAUUGGUUGUUCUCUUCUUCUUCCUCGGAUGGCGCCUCCAGAAUCCCAACAGGGAAGCAAUGUGGCUGUGGGGAGUUUCCGUGGUUUGCGAGCUCUGGUUCGCCUUCUCAUGGCUUCUCGACAUUCUCCCCAAAUUCAACCCAAUCAAUCGGGCCACCGACCUGGCCGCUUUGAAGGACAAGUUCGAGCAGCCAUCCCCUUCCAACCCAACCGGACGGUCCGACCUACCCGGAGUCGAUGUCUUCGUCUCGACCGCCGACCCGGAGAAGGAACCGCCCUUGGUCACCGCCAAUACCAUGCUCUCCAUUCUCGCUGCUGAAUACCCGAUCGAGAAACUCGCCGCCUAUAUCUCCGACGACGGUGGCGCCAUUCUCACCUUCGAGGCCAUGGCGGAAGCCGUUCGCUUUGCUGAGAUAUGGGUUCCGUUCUGCCGCAAGCACAACAUAGAACCGAGAAAUCCGGACAGCUACUUCAAUUUGAAAACGGACCCGACGAAGAACAAGAAGCUGCACGAUUUCGUGCGCGAUCGGCGGUGGAUCAAGAGGGAAUACGACGAGUUCAAGGUGAGAAUCAACGGCCUCCCCGAGGUGAUUCGCAAGCGAUGCGAUGCGCUGAAUAGGAGGGAAGAGAGGAAGGAGAAAGCGAUCGCCAGAGAGAAGAACGGCGGCACGCUCCCGCCGGAAGGGGUGACGGUGCAGAAGGCGACGUGGAUGGCAGACGGGACUCACUGGCCGGGGACGUGGUGGCAGUCGGCUCCGGAUCACGCCAAAGGCGAUCACGCAGGGAUCGUGCAGGUGAUGAGCCGGGUACCUGAACCUGAACCGGUUAUGGGCGGACCGGACGAGGACCGGAUCGAUUUCACCGGAGUCGACAUCAGGGUCCCGAUGUUUGUCUACGUCUCCCGUGAGAAGAGGGCUGGUUAUGACCACAACAAGAAGGCUGGAGCCAUGAACGCCAUGGUUCGUGCUUCGGCCGUGCUGUCCAAUGGACCCUUCAUUCUCAACUUGGAUUGUGAUCACUACUUUUACAACUCCCUCGCGAUAAGAGAAGGGAUGUGCUUUAUGAUGGAUCGCGGCGGUGACAGAAUCUGUUACGUACAAUUUCCCCAGAGAUUCGAAGGCAUCGAUCCGUCGGAUCGAUAUGCAAAUCACAACACGGUCUUCUUUGACGGAAGCAUGCGUGCGCUUGAUGGACAACAAGGUCCGGUCUACGUGGGAACCGGGUGCAUGUUUCGAAGAUACGCGUUGUACGGCUUCCUGCCGCCGAGAGCAAACGAGUACCUCGGAGUGUUUGGUCGGAUAAAGAGCAGGGCUCCUAGUGCUCCCGUACACUUGGAAGAUUCAGAGCCAUCGACUUCUGACCACCCUGACCUCAACCUGCCCAAAGGAUUUGGAAACUCGCAACUGUUCAACGAGUCCAUAGCCGUGGCAGAGUACCAAGGUCGGCCGCUCGCCGAUCACAUCUCCGUCAAGAACGGCAGGCCUCCUGGCGCAUUGCUGGCCCCUCGCCCGCCUCUCGACGCCCCGACGGUCGCCGAGGCGGUUGCCGUGAUUGCUUGCUGGUACGAGGACAAGACAGAAUGGGGUGAUAAGAUAGGGUGGAUCUACGGAUCGGUGACGGAAGACGUGGUGACGGGCUACAGAAUGCACAACAGAGGGUGGCGAUCCGUCUACUGCGUGACGAAGCGCGAUGCCUUCCGUGGCACGGCACCGAUCAAUCUCACGGACAGGCUCCACCAGGUGCUCCGGUGGGCGACGGGGUCGAUCGAGAUCUUCUUCUCGAAAAACAACCCGCUGCUGGCGAGCAGGAGGCUCAAAUUCCUGCAGCGGAUAGCCUACCUCAACGUCGGCUUCUACCCUUUCACGUCGGUGAUCUUGGUGGUCUACUGCUUCCUUCCAGCUUGGUGCCUCUUCACCGGAAGCUUCAUCGUGCAGUCGCUCAACGUGGCGUUCCUCUGCUACCUCCUCGUCAUCACGGUGACGCUGACUCUGCUCUCCCUCCUGGAAGUGAAGUGGUCGGGGAUCGAGCUGGAGGAGUUGUGGAGGAACGAGCAGUUUUGGGUCAUCGGCGGGACCAGCGCACAUCUCGCUGCUGUGAUCCAGGGGCUGCUCAAAGUGAUAGCUGGGAUAGAGAUCUCCUUCACGCUGACCUCGAAAUCGGCAGGGGAGGACGAGGAUGACAUCUAUGCCGAUCUCUACGUGGUGAAAUGGACCAGUCUGUUCAUAGUGCCACUCACCAUCAUUGUCGUGAACCUCAUGGCAGUUGUGAUCGGCAUGUCGAGGACUUUGUACAGCGUGAUACCUCAGUGGGGGAAGCUCUUUGGAGGGCUCUUCUUCAGCUUCUGGGUCAUUGCUCACAUGUACCCUUUCAUCAAAGGGUUGCUUGGAAGGAGAGGAAGAGUGCCGACCAUCGUCUACGUGUGGUCAGGUAUCCUUUCCACGACGAUAUCUUUGCUCUGGAUAUCAAUCAGCCCUCCCAGUGACAGCACCUCUACUGGAAGCAUUACCAUAUAACCAACUGUUCAAGCAAAAACACACACACUGUAGACAAAGAAAACUGGUGUAGAUACUUCUAGAUUGUUCUUCCCGCGGUGUUAGCACGAGAAGGGAUCUUUCUUUUUGACCUUUUUUACCACCGCCUUCCGGUGGCUGUCAAUAUAUUGUUCCAUGGACAUACUGUAACAAAAUGUACAAUGCAUA